AUGCUAGAGACCUACCGGAACCUCACUGCUAUAGGUUACAGCUGGGAAGAUCAUCAUAUUGAAGAACAACAUCAAAGUUCUAGAAGGCGUGAAAGGCAUGAAAGAAGUCAUACUGGAGAGAAACCUCAUGAAUGUAAUCAAUGUGGUAAAGCCUUUUCAUAUCACAGUAGACUUCAGUAUCAUAAAAGAACACAUACUGGAGAGAAACCUUAUGAAUGUAAUCAAUGUGGUAAAGCCUUUUCACGUCACAGUCAUCUCCAAGUCCAUAAAAGAACACAUACUGGAGAGAGACCUUAUGAAUGUACUCAAUGUGGUAAAGCCUUUUCAUGUCACAGUGGUCUCCAAAAACAUAAAAGAACACAUACUGGAGAGAAACCAUAUGAAUGUACUCAAUGUGGUAAAGCCUUUUCAUGUCACAGUACUCUCCGAUAUCAUAAAAAAACACAUACUGGAGAGAAACCUUAUGAAUGUGAUCAUUGUGGUAAAGCCUUUUCACGUCACAGUCAUCUCCAAAUCCAUAAAAGAACACAUACUGGAGAGAGACCUUAUGAAUGUAAUCAAUGUGGUAAAGCCUUUUCAUGUCACAGUAAUCUCCAAGUCCAUAAAAGAACACACACUAGAGAGAAACCUUAUCAAUGCAAUCAAUGUGGUAAAACCUUUUCAUGUCACAGUGGUCUCCAAAAACAUAAAAGAACACAUACUGGAGAGAAACCUUAUGAAUGUAGUCAAUGUGGUAAAGCCUUUUCAUGUCACAGUACUCUCCAAAUACAUAAAAGGAAACAUAUUGGAGAGAAACCUUAUGAAUGUAACCAAUGUGGUAAAACCUUUUCAUAUCACAGUGGUCUCCAAUAUCAUAAAAGAACACAUACUAGAGAGAAACCUUAUGAAUGUAACCAAUGUGGUAAAACAUUUUCAUAUCACAGUGGUCUCCAAUAUCAUAAAAGAACACAUACUGCAGAGAAACCUUAUGAAUGUUAUCAAUGUGGUAAAGCCUUUUCAAAUCACAGUCACCUCCAAAGACAUAAAAGAACACAUACUGGAGAGAAAUCUUAUCAAUGUAAAAAAUGUGGUAAGGCAUUCACAUGUGUCCAUUAUUGUUGCAGGCAUGAAAGAAGUCAUACUGGAGAGAAACCUCAUGAAUGUAAUCAAUGUGGUAAAGCCUUUUCAUAUCACAGUAGACUUCAAUAUCAUAAAAGAACACAUACUGGAGAGAAACCUUAUGAAUGUAAUCAAUGUGGUAAAGCCUUUUCACGUCACAGUCAUCUCCAAGUCCAUAAAAGAACACAUACUGGAGAGAGACCUUAUGAAUGUACUCAAUGUGGUAAAGCCUUUUCAUGUCACAGUGGUCUCCAAAAACAUAAAAGAACACAUACUGGAGAGAAACCAUAUGAAUGUAAUCUCUGUGGUAAAGCCUUUUCAUGUCACAGUACUCUCCGAUAUCAUAAAAAAACACAUACUGGAGAGAAACCUUAUGAAUGUGAUCAUUGUGGUAAAGCCUUUUCACGUCACAGUCAUCUCCAAAUCCAUAAAAGAACACAUACUGGAGAGAGACCUUAUGAAUGUAAUCAAUGUGGUAAAGCCUUUUCAUGUCACAGUAAUCUCCAAGUCCAUAAAAGAACACAUACUAGAGAGAAACCUUAUCAAUGUAAUCAAUGUGGUAAACCCUUUUCAUGUCACAGUGGUCUCCAAAAACAUAAAAGAACACAUAUUGGAGAGAAACCAUAUGAAUGUAAUCUCUGUGGUAAAGCCUUUUCACAGCAGUCUCAUCUCCAAAUCCAUAAAAGAACACAUACUAGAGAGAAAACUUAUGAAUGUAGUCAAUGUGGUAAAGCCUUUUCAUGUCACAGUACUCUCCAAAUACAUAAAAGGAAACAUAUUGGAGAGAAACCUUAUGAAUGUAACCAAUGUGGUAAAACCUUUUCAUAUCACAGUGGUCUCCAAUAUCAUAAAAGAACACAUACUGGAGAGAAUCCUUAUGAAUGUAACCAAUGUGGUAAAACAUUUUCAUAUCACAGUGGUCUCCAAUAUCAUAAAAGAACACAUACUGCAGAGAAACCUUAUAAAUGUUAA